AUGUUGUCGUAGUAUGUGCAACAGUUUCCAAAACGCGGUGGCCACAUAAACAAGGAACCAAUAAUAAAUCAAACGUUACCACAGCUAUGUCCUACAGGAACGGUUCUUAUCAAGCGAACGACGAAAGAGGAUCUAAUAAAAGCAAAAAAGUAUGCACAUCAAAUACAAUCACGUAUGCAACUACUGCAAGCAGAGAUAACCGCAAACGACGAUGGAGCUACUCAUCAUGCUGUAACGGUAUUUGAAGCUAAAAAGGGACCACAUUAUUAUGGCGCAAGCGCAGACCUGCAAGUAUUCCAGCUUUCAGGUGUUUCAAUUAACCAAGCAAGCACGAGCCAGAUCAUUCUUACCAAAGGGGAAAGAGGGCCCAAAAAUUACAUUAACACCGUGCAGGCUGGAUGGCAGGUGGAGUUUCAACAGGAGGGGGACAACCGGGUUCAUUUCUUCACAUAUUGGACUUCGGAUGGUUACCAGAAGACCGGCUGUAUUAACCUGGAUUGCCAUGGGUUUGUCCAAGUUAGUACUCGGAUAACCCCUGGCAUGAUCUACACACUAAGUGUUUUGUCACUCUCAAUUUACAGGGAUCGGUUCACUUCAAACUGGAUGUUGUACAAUGAUAGGGAACCUAUUGGGUAUUGGCCCAAGGAAAUCUUCAACAACAUGGCAGAUUCUUCCCAGGUGCAGAUGGGUGGAUUAGUUUACUCGCCCUUUGAUGAAGCAAGUCCGCCCAUGGGUAAUGGUGAAAAAG